CCUCCCUCUCGCCGGCAUUUAGUUAAGGCGGACAAGGAGCCGGCAUCUUAGCUCCUCAUUCAUCCUCGUGUUCGUCAUCUUUGUCGUCCGUUUCACAUCUCCUCUGAAAGCACUCAUCGUUUCAAUGAUGCCUGGCUAUGACAGAGGUGAUCGCAGCAGAGACCGCGGCGGCUUCGGGAGCGCACCUCGCUUCGGUGGCAGCCGAAACGCGCCUGUUGCCGGUAGGAAGUUUGGGCAGCCCGGGGAGAAGCUGAGAAAGAGGAAAUGGGACCUGAACGAGCUGCCCAAGUUCGAGAAAAACUUCUACGUCGAGCACAUGGACGUGGUGAACCGACCUCCGCAAGAAAUUGAACAGUACAGAAGAAGCAAGGAGAUAACAGUGAAAGGGCUUGGCUGUCCCAAACCAGUUUUCAACUUCGUUGAAGCAAGUUUCCCAACAUAUGUAUUGGAUGUUUUAAUGCAACAAAAUUUCACAGAGCCGACAGCUAUUCAGGCACAAGGUUGGCCUGUUGCGCUUAGUGGCAAGGAUAUGGUUGGAAUUGCUCAGACUGGAUCUGGUAAAACACUUGCUUACUUGUUGCCAGCUAUUGUUCACAUAAAUCAUCAGCCUUUUCUGGAACGUGGUGAUGGACCCAUAUGUUUAGUACUAGCACCAACAAGAGAGCUGGCUCAACAAGUACAACAUGUGGCACACGAUUAUGGAAGAGCAUCCCGUCUAAAAUCAACUUGUAUUUAUGGAGGGGCUCCAAAGGGUCCACAGAUUCGGGAUCUUGAAAGAGGUGUCGAGAUCUGUAUUGCAACACCUGGUAGAUUAAUAGACUUCUUGGAAGCUGGCAAGACAAAUCUUAGAAGAUGUACAUAUCUGGUACUUGAUGAGGCAGAUCGAAUGCUUGACAUGGGCUUUGAGCCACAGAUCCGGAAAAUUGUAGAACAAAUUAGGCCUGACAGGCAGACAUUGAUGUGGAGUGCAACUUGGCCUAAGGAGGUUCGGCAAUUGGCUGAAGACUUCUUGAAGGAAUAUGUUCAGAUUAACAUAGGUGCAUUGGAGCUUAGUGCUAAUCAUAACAUUCUGCAGAUUAUAGACGUAUGUCAGGAGGUUGAGAAGGAUGACAAAUUGCUGAGGUUGAUGGAGGAAAUAAUGAGUGAAAAAGAAAACAAAACAAUCAUUUUUGUGGAAACGAAGCGAAGAUGUGAUGAACUCACAAGACGAAUGAGGAGAGAUGGGUGGCCAGCAAUGUGCAUUCAUGGGGACAAGAGUCAGCCAGAGCGUGACUGGGUUCUAAAUGAGUUUCGGUCAGGCAAAGCACCAAUCCUUAUUGCGACAGAUGUUGCUUCCAGAGGUUUAGAUGUUGAAGAUGUGAAAUUUGUCAUCAAUUAUGACUACCCUAACUCCUCUGAAGACUAUAUUCACCGCAUUGGGCGAACUGCCCGCAGUUCCAAAACCGGCACCGCUUACACGUUCUUUACUCCUGGCAACAUAAAGCAGGCAAAUGACCUUAUCUCUGUGCUUCGUGAGGCAAAUCAGGCUAUCAACCCAAAGCUAAUUCAGAUGGUGGAAGACAGAGGUUCAGGUCGUUCCAGGAGUAGAGGUGGCUAUAAAGAUGAUCGCCGUGAUGACAGAAGAGACCGAUUCUCUGGUUCCAACAGGAUUGGAGGCUACAGUUUCAGGAAUAGGGAUAGUUUGGACAGGGUAUAUGGAGCAGGAGGCAGAGAGAAUGGUUUUACACAGACUUUUGCUUCUGCAAACCAACAAACUGCCUUUGUUUCUGGGAAAUUUGGAUCCACGAACAGCUUUCCAAAUCUGGCUCGGUUUGGAAAUUCCAGUUUUCCAGGAUCUGUAAACCAGGGAACCAAUGCAUUUGGCAAUCAGAGUCAAAAUGGUUACAAGGCUGUUGGUAGCAAGGUCCAGCAGUUUGCAAGUGGUCAUUCUGGUACCAAUGCCAUGCAGAGCAAUGGCAUUGGUCAACAGUCUGUGGGAGCUCAGUACCAGUAUCCACCCCCACCUUUGAUGGGAAUGGGUUUCCAAGCACAAACUGGUUAUCCUAUGCCUCUUGCAUAUAGUGGAAUGCAGAAAUAACUUAUUAAACUAGAUGUCAAUUUUUUCCAUUCUCUUCUGACAUGUACUGUAACUUUGUUUGAGGAUGAAGAAGUUCUUUAAUAUUAGAAACCAUUGAUAUUCCAAGGAAGACUGCAGUGCAGCAGUAGGAUUGGUGCACUUUUCCCAUUAUUUAAUUUUUUUGUUACUUUACAUUCCUCAAAUUUUUUGUUAGUUUUUCUAUUAGAAUGGCAGAUUAAUAUUAUACAAGUUUAACUUAUGCAUAAUUAAGUACCACAGUGUAUGUAAAGAUGCAUGUCCUUCCAAUAUGGAAGUUUGAAGGUCUUGGAGUUCUGUAUGUAUGUAACUGCCAAAGUGUCAUUUUAAAUAAAAGUUUAAAAA